UUUUUUUUUAUUCCGCCAAACUGUGUACGUUUUGCCAAUUCCUUGCUUUGUUCUUUUUUUUUCUCUUCGCAAAAUAAUGUGAUUUCCCGACAGUGCAAUGUUUGAUUUACGCCGGAAAUAUGUAUUUUCACUGCUAAUUAUUGUUGCAGUGUUCAUCUUGCUCCACACAGCACUCAGAAGUGCUCUCAAGUGCGAUAGUUCAAGUGCCAACUCUUCAAAUUCUCUAAGUGGGGCACAUGUCGUGUAUGCCAUCACCCCAACUUACUACCGGCCAGUCCAGAAGGCUGAAUUGACAAGGAUCGCUCAGACUCUCCUUCUUGUGCCAUUUGUCCAUUGGAUCCUGAUCGAGGAUGCCGAUGAAACUUCCAGUCUUGUUCGAAAUCUUCUCGAUCGUACGGGAUUGAGCUCGAGGAGCACUCAGCUAAACGCCAAAACUCCCUCAAACUUCAAAUUGGGCCGAAAUGAUCCCAAUUGGAGUAAACCCCGUGGCGUUGAACAGAGAAAUACAGCUUUGGCGUGGAUUCGCCAGCACUUUGAGAACCAUCCACGUCAUCCGGGAGUAGUAUUCUUCAUGGAUGACGAUAAUAUCUACAGUAUUGAGCUAUUUCAGGAGAUGCAGAAGAUAGAGGAAGGGAGGGUUGGGGUAUGGCCAGUGGGCUUAGUAGGUGGUUUGAUGGUAGAGAAGCCACUUCUGGACGAGACAGGGACACGUGUUGUGGGCUUCAACAGCCUCUGGAGACCAGAAAGGCAAUUUCCCAUCGAUAUGGCGGGUUUUGGUAUAAGUCUGGAUUUGAUUCUGGACAAUCCUGAGGCAAAAUUCAGCUAUGACGUCGAAAGGGGCUAUCAGGAGACUGCAAUCUUGCGUCAUGUGACCAAGGUUGAAAAACUCCAGCCAUUGGCUAACAAAUGCAAAGAUGUUCUUGUUUGGCAUACAAGAACCGAGGCAACAAAACUUGACGGCGAGGAGACUCUCAAGAAAUCCGGGGCAAAACCAUCGGAUUUCGAAAUGGAGGUUUAAAAUCAAAAGCGGGUUUUGAGAUUAAAGAAGAUUAAAGUUAACUAAGAUUUUAAAUUAUUUAGAGUAGGCCAGUUUGUCAAUAAAAAAAUCUAUUCAGUAAA